UAUCCACAAUCGCAGUUGUAAAUUUUUUUUGGAGAAUUUAACGCGUGAAGCUUUUAAUUUAUAGGAACGCAAUUUAUUAAAAAAAAUCUGAAUUGAAGCAAAUAACAAAACUAAAGAAGUUUAGAAAAAGAAAAGAGCAUAUUCAGUAAAAUGCCACUAAAGGAACGGAAUAUCGCCAUGAUGGGCUACAGCUCAGUUGGGAAAUCAUCGCUAUGCAUACAAUUUGUUGAGGGUCAAUUUGUGGACUCCUACGAUCCAACAAUUGAGAAUACUUUUACGAAAGUAGCGCGUGUCAAUUCGCAGGAUUACGAAGUGAAAGUAGUUGAUACAGCUGGUCAGGAUGAAUACAGUAUAUUCCCUGUGCAAUAUAGCAUGGACUUUCACGGCUAUGUGCUUGUCUACUCGAUAACCAGCCAAAAAUCAUUUGAAGUCAUUAAAUUUAUCUACGAAAAGUUAUUGGAAGUAAUGGGGAAAAAAUAUGUACCUGUUGUAUUAGUUGGCAACAAAACUGAUUUACAUCAGGAGCGCACAGUGACCACGGAAGAGGGACGAAAAUUAGCAGAAUCUUGGCGAGCAACAUUUUUGGAAACAUCAGCUAAGCAAAAUGAGUCUGUUGCCGACAUCUUUCAUCGACUACUGAUAUCCAUUGAGAGCGAGAAUGGCAAUCCACAGGAGAAGAGUAAUUGCAUUAUCUCGUGAAAGCACAAUGUAGACAUAAGUUACCGGCCACGUCAACGAAAACAACACCCUGUACCGAUUGCCACUGCAACAUCAAUACAUAUUGAAGCAGUAGCAGAAGCUACUGUUGCACCUGAAACAACAACGAAUCAGGUCAUAUUGCAGCUGUUUUAUGAGUGCGAAUUGUGGAACAGCUGCAGUGCUUAGUAGGCGUGGUCGUGGUGAAAGUAGAACGCGCGCGUAUGUGUGAACCAAAUGAAUGUGUAGAUGAGAGUGCUUGUGCGAAUUUUUCUUAUAUCCCCACAGCGUAGUUGCCAAAUAUUACUUUGGGCUCUACCAAAACUAAACAUCAUACAUAUGUAUGUAGGUAAAUGCGUUAGUCUUACAGCAUUGAUAAGCUUCGUUGAAUUAAAUAAAAAAAUAUACUUUAUUUCUUAAAAAAAAUGUCAAGUUGGGUAAGGUUAACCAUUAUAAUUCACUUCGUUUAAAUUUUGCAGGAGACUUGCAUUUUUUUAACUUUAAUGAGUGCACUUAAUUUUAAAAAUGUACUGUUCAUAAUAUUCUACCUGAAAAUUGCAGUGUUUUUGUUUGUUAUUUAAAUACGUACACAUGCAGGGUUUUAGGUCUCCUGUAAAAUUUAUUGUGGUUUUCAUUGUCCACCAGUGACCGUUACUCAAAUGUUUUCUGAGAGUAUUUUGAUUUUAGUAACAAAGAAAAUUUAAAUGAAGCGUAGAAAUGAAUAAGCAUUAAAAAUGAAAUUUAAAUGACAGAAGUAAAACAAAUGCGAUAGUAAAAAUUAA